AUGACUGAUGAGUUAGAAGAUCAAGAUCGAUUACUUUGUGUUGGAACUAAUUCAUCAUUUAAAGAAUUGAUGAAAUUAGAAAGGAUAACAACAAAACACGAGAUUGGAGAGCGUGAAUUCGGUGUAGGUGAAGUUGGUAAAGGUCAAAUUGAUCAAGGAAUGUGGACUCAAAAGACCAAGAUGUUAAAGGUCAUAACUGAGAAAACUGAAAAAACUAUCAAAAAAUAUUGGUAG